GAUAAUAAGGCCGGGAAUAAUAACACGCGGGGGUACUCCUGCUCGCCUCAGUUGUGCUCCGUUACCUCGUAAGCCGCCAUCAUGGUCGACGCCUUCUGCGCCACUUGGAAGCUGGUCGACAGCGACAACUUCGACGAGUACAUGAAAGCUCUGGGCGUGGGCUUUGCCACCCGGCAGGUGGGCAACGUGACCAAGCCGACCGUCAUCAUCAGCCAGGAGGGCGACAAGGUGGUGGUCCGCACCCAGAGCACCUUCAAGAACACGGAGAUCUCCUUCAAGCUGGGGGAGGAGUUCGACGAGACCACCGCCGACGACCGGAACUGCAAAUCCACGGUGACCAUGGAGGGGGACAAGCUGGUCCACGUCCAGAAGUGGGACGGCAAGGAGACCAAGUUCGUCAGGGAGAUCAAGGAUGGCAAGUUGGUCAUGAAUCUGACCUUUGAAGACAUCCACGCGGUGCGCAGCUACGAGAAGGCCUGAGAAGUGCUGAUUUUAUCAUUAUUAUUGACUGUACGCUUCUCUUUGCACUUCAUCCUCCUCGGCAUGAACGCGGCCUGCAGGCUGCACGUGUUUUGUAAUGUUUUUUUUAUACAUAUGAAAACAUUUCCAUCAUUAAGAAUUUAGCGUCUUUGCAACCCUGUGUGAAACAAAAAAAUAAAAAAAAACACAGAGCCAA